AUGAACCAGAGCCCAGCGUUCGGGCCCCGGAGGGGCGGCUCUCCCCAAGUCAUGGCUGGGGCCGGCGCGCGGCGCAACGAGAGCCAGGACUAUCUGCUCAUGGACUCCGAGCUGGGAGAGGACGGCUGUUCGCAGCCCCCGCUGCCUCCUUACGGCUACUACCCCUGCUAUCGAGGCGCCGACAACAGACUGGCCCACCGGGGGCAGACAAUUCUCCGUGAGAAGGGGAGAAGGUUAGCUAACCGAGGACCAGCGUACAUGUUUAACGAUCAUUCAACAAGCCUAUCUGCUGAGGAGGAGCGCUUUUUAGAUGCAGCUGAAUAUGGCAACAUCCCAGUGGUGAGGAAGAUGUUGGAAGAAUGCCUCUCCCUCAAUGUUAACUGUGUGGAUUACAUGGGCCAGAAUGCCUUGCAGUUGGCUGUGGCCAAUGAGCAUCUGGAAAUUACAGAACUUCUACUCAGGAAAGAAAAUCUCUCUCGUGUUGGGGAUGCCUUGCUUCUAGCUAUUAGUAAAGGUUACGUUCGGAUCGUGGAAGCCAUUCUCAAUCAUCCAGCUUUUGCUGAAGGAAAGAGGUUAGCAACCAGCCCCAGCCAGUCUGAACUCCAGCAAGAUGAUUUUUAUGCCUAUGAUGAAGAUGGCACACGGUUCUCCCAUGAUGUGACUCCGAUCGUUCUGGCUGCCCACUGCCAGGAGUAUGAGAUUGUGCAUACCCUCUUGCGGAAGGGGGCUCGGAUUGAACGGCCUCAUGACUAUUUCUGCAAAUGCAGUGAAUGCAACCAGAAACAGAAACAUGAUUCCUUUAGCCACUCCAGAUCUAGGAUUAAUGCCUAUAAAGGUCUGGCAAGUCCAGCUUAUCUGUCAUUAUCUAGUGAAGAUCCAGUCAUGACAGCUUUAGAGCUUAGUAAUGAGCUAGCAGUGCUGGCCAACAUUGAGAAAGAGUUCAAGAAUGACUACAAGAAACUGUCAAUGCAGUGCAAAGAUUUUGUUGUCGGACUCCUUGAUCUGUGCAGAAAUACUGAAGAAGUUGAGGCCAUUCUGAAUGGGGAUGUUGAAACACACCACAGUGGUGGAGAGCAUGGUCGACCAAAUCUCAGCCGUUUAAAACUUGCCAUUAAAUAUGAAGUAAAAAAAUUUGUAGCUCAUCCAAAUUGUCAACAGCAGCUUCUCUCCAUAUGGUAUGAGAACCUUUCUGGUUUGCGGCAGCAGACGAUGGCGGUCAAGUUUCUCGUGGUCCUUGCCGUUGCCAUUGGACUGCCUUUCCUGGCUCUCAUUUACUGGUUUGCUCCAUGCAGCAAGAUGGGGAAGAUAAUGCGUGGACCGUUCAUGAAGUUUGUAGCACAUGCAGCCUCCUUCACCAUUUUUCUGGGACUGCUAGUCAUGAAUGCAGCUGACAGAUUUGAAGGCACCAAACUCCUUCCUAAUGAAACCAGCACAGAUAAUGCAAAACAGCUGUUCAGGAUGAAAACAUCCUGCUUCUCGUGGAUGGAGAUGCUCAUUAUCUCUUGGGUAAUAGGCAUGAUAUGGGCUGAAUGUAAAGAAAUUUGGACUCAAGGCCCCAAGGAAUAUUUAUUUGAAUUGUGGAAUAUGCUUGAUUUUGGUAUGUUAGCAAUCUUUGCAGCAUCGUUCAUUGCAAGGUUCAUGGCAUUUUGGCAUGCUUCCAAAGCUCAGAGCAUCAUUGAUGCAAAUGAUACUUUGAAGGACUUAACAAAAGUCACACUGGGAGACAAUGUGAAAUACUACAAUUUGGCCAGGAUAAAGUGGGACCCCUCUGAUCCUCAAAUUAUAUCUGAAGGUCUUUAUGCAAUUGCUGUAGUUCUAAGUUUCUCCAGAAUAGCUUAUAUCCUACCAGCAAAUGAAAGCUUUGGACCUCUGCAGAUAUCACUUGGAAGAACAGUAAAAGACAUAUUUAAGUUCAUGGUCAUAUUCAUCAUGGUGUUUGUGGCCUUCAUGAUUGGAAUGUUCAACCUCUACUCUUACUACAUUGGUGCAAAACAAAAUGAAGCCUUCACAACAGUCGAGGAGAGUUUUAAGACACUGUUCUGGGCUAUAUUUGGACUUUCUGAAGUGAAAUCAGUGGUCAUCAACUAUAAUCAUAAAUUUAUAGAAAACAUUGGUUAUGUUCUUUAUGGCGUCUAUAAUGUUACAAUGGUCAUUGUUUUGCUAAACAUGUUAAUUGCCAUGAUCAACAGUUCAUUCCAGGAAAUUGAGGGUGAUGCUGAUGUGGAAUGGAAAUUUGCAAGGGCCAAACUUUGGUUUUCAUACUUUGAGGAAGGAAGAACUCUUCCUGUUCCCUUCAACCUGGUGCCAAGUCCAAAGUCUCUGUUCUAUCUCCUACUGAAGCUAAAAAAAUGGAUUUCUGAGCUGUUCCAGGGUCAUAAAAAAGGUUUCCAAGAGGAUGCAGAGAUGAACAAGAGAAACAAAGAAAAGAAAUUUGGAAUUUUGGGAAGUCAUGAAGACCUUUCAAAAUCAUCACUUGACAGAAAACAGCUUGGGCACAAUAAACAAUCAAGUAUAAGAAGCUCAGAAGAUUUCCAGUUAAAUAGUUUUAAUAAUCCUCCAAGACAAUAUCAGAAAAUAAUGAAGAGGCUCAUUAAAAGAUAUGUCCUAAAAGCUCAGAUGGAUAAGGAAAGUGAUGAAGUGAAUGAAGGGGAACUGAAGGAAAUUAAACAGGACAUCUCAAGUCUCCGCUAUGAACUCCUGGAAGAAAAAACUCAGAAUUCAGAAGAUCUAGCAGAACUUAUUAGAAAACUUGGGGAGAAAUUAUCAAUGGAACCAAAUCAAGAGGAAAGCAAUAGAUAA